AUGAGGCAAGCUGGGGCAUAUUCAGGAAUUCUUUCAGGAAGGAUAUCAAAGACAGGUCCACACUCAUUACCAUUAGCAAGAAUCAAGAAAAUAAUGAAGAAAUCAAGUGAUGAUGUGAAGAUGAUAUCUGGUGAAGCUCCCAUUAUUUUUUCUAAGGCAUGUGAAUUAUUCAUUGAAGAACUUACAAAAAGGGCAUGGAUUAUGACCAUGCAAGGAAAAAGAAGAACUCUAAAUAAAGAAGAUGUUGCAUCUGCUGUUAUAGCAACUGAUAUCUUUGAUUUUCUUGUUAAUUUGGUUACUGAGUCUAAUGUUGCUGAUAAUAAGUGUGAGGUCAAUGAGGAUUCUCAAGUUAUUGUGGAGAUAUAG